AUGAAGCACCAUGAAGCUAGUAUGGCAACAGAACCACCUCAGGAUCAGCCUCCGCCAUAUGAGGCGGUACCACAACACUUAGAGGGUAUUCGAGUCAAUGAUGAUGGUCGCAUUUCGAUCGAUGCGAGCUCUCGACUGUGCCGGACUCUGUCCAGAAUAAUUUCGACGUCUCCCAUUGAAACCCCACCUCCAUCAGGGCUCCCGCCAUGUUACGAAGACCUACCGGGGGAGAUCUUCAGCCUUUUCUCGCAUUGGGCACGGAACUACAACGAACCGGACAUCGUGUCCGGAUCGCCACACAACGUUUUUGAGAACUUUGUGGCAGAAGCUGGACUAGAGUUCUAUCCCAUAGGCGGCGACCCAGCCGACUUGAUGUCUUAUAUGGUCAAGAAUCCCGGUCUCAUUCCUAGUGUGAACAGCCUAAAAAAGGGUGACAUCCAAAAGAAUCGUUUGAUGAUGGCAGAAAUUCUUCAUGGAUGCUGGCAUUCUUGUGUAAUGCCUGAUCCUGUUACAAAUGCGCCAUUUGUUGCCGAAGCUAUUAUCGCCAAUCCUCCCAGCUUUGCGCAUGUUAUUGUGCCCAGGCUCUCGGUAUCCCACCACUUAAUGUUCACAAUGCCAUGGACCGCAACUCGAGCCUUUCCCCAUCCUUUAGCAAACCUAUAUAACAUCCCUCCUGAUCAGGACUGGAUUAACCGUGUCUCUUAUUCAGUGGUGGAUUGGCUAUCUUGGCAAGGUCUUGGAGGAGUUAUCAAUGAUUGGCGCAAGCAUGAAGUGGGAUUAGAGUUUAUAUCUUCAUCUGAUGAUCCCUUUCUCCUGAAGAACCUUGAAAUCCCCUACACAUAUUGCUGGUCCCCUGGUCUUGUUUCCAAGCCACAUGACUGGCUCGCGAAUAUAGAUGUAUGCGGUUUUUUCUUUCGCAAAACACCAGAUUAUGAGCCAGACUCGGAACUCAUUAGAUUUCUUCAUUCUGGACCUCCCCCAAUUUACGUUGGAUUCGGUAGCAUCGUCAUUGAAAAUCCCGGGGGUAUGACGGAGAUUCUUCUACAAGCGAUCCAGGAGACUGGUGUUCGAGUUAUCAUAUCUCGUGGAUGGAGUAGGCUGGGCGGACCAAUCCUGCCUCAUGUACUUUACUUGGACGAUUGCCCACGUGAAUGGCUGUUUCAACAUGUGAGAGCCGUUGUACACCACGGCGGUGCCUGUACAACAGCCUGCGGGCUGCGAAAUGGCAAGCCAACCGUCGUUUCAAUGCUUCUGGGGGAUAUGAUCUCCGCAGCUGAAGCAGGCCCAGAUCCCAUACCGUAUAAGCAACUAAAUGUAUCGAACCUCGUGCAGGCAAUUCGUUACUGUCUGACGCCUGAGGCGACUCACACCGCACAGGGUGUCGCAAAUAAAAUGCAGCAAGACCAAGGAGUGGAGGCAGCCGUGGCCUCUUUCCACAGAAACCUCCCGCGCGUGACGGAAUGUGACGUCCUACCGCAAUUCCCAGCUUGUUGGAGAUACAAGAAAGGGAACAGACGAUAUCACUUAUCCAAGGUUGCAGCGGAAAUCCUGGCCGAGAACCACGUGCUAGACCCGACGAAGCUGAAACUAUAUCAAUUAUGCCCUAUGCACAUCGAGAACAAACGUUGGGAUUUGGUGACAGGCGUUUCCUCGGCUGGCUUGGGGAUGGCAUUUGAAAUGCUGAAGGCGGGAGGAAAUAUUAUCUACAAACCUUACGGAGUUUACAAGCUGCUCCUGGCACCAUCGCCAGAUGCGGUGGGAAGUUCCCCAGCGCUUCGGAAAGCUCGAUCCAUGCCGUAUUUGACAGAGGCCAAUAUAUCAGAUCUGGAGGAGAAAGGCAAAGCUCGCGCUAUGGCUGUCGCGUCAGCUCAAGCCUCUGGAAGAUUUCUGGGAAAAUUUGUCUCCGGUACCAUGAUUGACGUACCUUUAGCUGCUGCCGAGGGAUUUCGUGUACUUCCGGGUCUAUGUGGAGGGAAUGUUCGUCACACUGAUAAGGUUACAGACUGGAAGUCUGGUAUGUUGGCUGGGGCUAAGACCUUUGCUGUUAGUAUGGCUGAAAGCUGCGUCGAUCCGUUCUAUCAACCCUACAGACAUGCAAGAGACGGAAGCGCACUAGGCUUUGCUGCUAGAUUGUUUAAGGGAACCUUUGGCGUGAUUGCUAAGAUGGGCCACGCCCCCAUCAACCUUCUCGCAUACCCCGGGCAAGGCGUCAAGCGAAGCUUUAAAGCUGCCUUCUUUGAUAGUACCCAAAAGGCGAUAAUGACCACUUUACGUGAGGAUGGGCAAGGGAUGUCUCGGCAAUGGAGAGUGAGAGGCUUACAGGACAAGCUAGUUGUUGAGAAAUUCAGGCUUAUAGACCGUGAGGAUGAUUCAUACUAA